AUGAAGGUGCCUACGAUGAUAACAGCGACCUCUCUGGCAGUGCUCGCUCUUCUGUCCAACGUGGCAUGCGAGGACACACUCUCGCGUCGCGCUUCCCCCAUCGCAGCGAACGACUUUAUCCACGUCGACAAGCUGCGCCUCCGCGACUCUUCGAACAAGCUGCACUAUCUCACCGGCAUCAACUACUGGUCGUGCAUGAACCUCGCUGCCGACACCAAUGCCGGCGGUGACCAUCAUCGCUUCCUCACCGAGCUCGACCAGCUCGCCGCGGCCGGGGUCAACCACCUGCGCAUCAUGGCGAGCUCGGAAGGAAGCCCAACCCCGCAACCUUUCCGCAUGAAACCGGCGCUGCAACCGUCGCCGGGCGUGUACAACGACAAAGUCUGGGUCGGGCUGGAUCGAUGUUUGGCAGAGAUGGGCAAGCGCGGAAUGCGCGCGACGCUGACGCUGAAUGAUCAGUGGCAGUGGAGCGGAGGAUUUGCACAGUAUGUCAGUUGGGCGAAUGGGAAUGAGCAGUAUAGCUACCCGCCGUCGUGGAACUUCAGUGCUCCACCACAGAGGAGUGGAGCACCGGGUAGAGGGUGGGGGAGCUACACGACCACAGGCAGCUGGGCCGACUACGCUGCCUACGGCAACCGCAUCUAUACAGACCGCAACGCCGAGAAGCUGUUCAAGGCGCAUAUCUCCAAAGUCAUCAACCGCAGAAACACGGUCAACGGCAGGCUGUACAAGAACGACGCAACCAUCAUGACGUGGCAGCUUGCCAACGAGCCCCAGCCGGCCAACCAAGCCUCGUACUCUGGCCCCUACCACCUGCAGUACUCGCCGAACCCCUCGGACCCGCUGCUCGGCUGGGUCGACCGCAUCUCGACCUACAUCCGCACGCUCGCACCGCGCCAGCUCAUCACGACCGGCUUCGAGGGCAAGCAGGGCGAAUGGUACUGGAAGGCCGUCCACUCGCCACGCAACAUCGACUACGGCACGGUCCACUGCUGGGUCCAAAACUGGGGGGUGUAUGAUAUGCUCAACUCGUCCUCGGCCAACCUGGAAGCGGCCAAGCAGUUUGCGACGCAGUUUAUGGGCAACGCCUCGCGGUGGGCGAGCGAGGUGGGCAAACCCGUGUUGCUCGAGGAGUUCGGCAUGGCACGCGACAACUGGCAGAACAACGUCCAGGCCGGCGAGUACCAGUACGCCAGCAAAGCAACAACGAGCAACAAGGACAAUUACUUUGCGCACAUCAUCGGUCUAGCCGUGAAUAGCUUCAAGAGCCGCAAGGGUGGCUUCGUCGGCUCGGCACCCUGGAGUUACGGUGGCACCUACAGACCAGAGUCGCAAAGACAGAACCAGUUUGGCAUGUGGUGGGCGGGCGACCCGCCGCAUGAGGCUCCCGGAUGGUAUGAUGUGUAUGACAACGAUGAGGCGCUUCAGAUUGUCAAGAGACAGAAGGUGGCAGUGGAUCAGUGGAUAUCUGCUAACGGCGGAAGAAGAAGCUGA